AUGCUUGAUUCCUGGGACCGGAGCAUCUCAUCAAAGUCGCUGCUACCGCCGCCGCCGGAAGACGAUGAUAAGGACCCCGCGAUGACGUUCCUGAUGUCUACAGCAAAGAGUACAGACGAGGGCAAGGAAAAGGCGAAGUCAUCGAAGAAAGAAGAGAAAAAGCCGAAGAAGGAUAAGAAGGAUAAGAAGGAUAAGAAAGCCGAGAAAAAGAAGAAAAAGAAAGGUUCGUCCUCGUCUGGGUCAGAGGACAAGGACGAGGAGAGCGACUCGUGCGAGUCGCAAUCCUCCCAAGGGUUUUUCGCGGAGACCCAGGCGAUGUUUUGCCUUCGCCAGAAGGAUCUGCUGAGGCAGAAUGGGCAGGACAAGCUUGAUGAUCUGUCGACACGCCAGAUCGCCUUUGUUCUCGCCGGCUCCGGGGCAGGGUCGAUGCUCUCGGCCGCAGAUCUGCAGGAGCUCGGUGGCGAGUUAGAAGCACUGCACAGCGACAGGGCUCAGCACGCGAAGAAGACAAAGCAAAAGAUGGAAGAAAACCAGGCCACGGCCCAGGCAGGAUUGAGCGGCACCGGCCGCACGCUCGGCACGGUGACCAUCGUGCAGUGUGCGAACCUGCUGGACACUGCCAAGAUGCUUCGGGCGCUGAUUCGCCGGCAAUGCAGGAAGAAACUAUGGAUGAAGAAGGACCUGGAAGCCGCCUUGGAAGCUGAGAUGGAAAAGCUUCGGAAGGAUGCGACCAAAGAUUUGCAGAACAGCCUCAGUGCGGCCAAGAAGCAAGCCAAGCCCAGUAAGGACAUCGUGCCAGUUCAGAUACAGAGCUUGUUCCUUAGCACCAAAGUGAAGGAGGAAGAGGAGGAGAAAAGCAGUGAUCAUGAUGGCUGUGAUGAUGAUGAUGAUGAGGAAAGUGAAGGAGGUCCGAGGUCUAUGAGCCCACCCGGGGAUGAUGAUGACGAGGAGCCACAGGAUGAUAAGGAGGAGAAGGACGGCGGCUCCUCGGACAGUGAUCUGUUUCGUGGCGACUUUGCCCGCAAGGCAAAGGCUAAAAGCAAGGCUUCUGGAGGUCCAUUUUCCGGGCGGUUCGGGGAGCUGAGCCAACAGAUUCAAAAGCAAGCCCGGGAGAUCGAGGGGUAUUCACUAUGCAAUCCCUACUUGAUUGCCUGGACCUGGAUGGAGGCCAGAGGCUUCCUCGGGAACCUGGGGGAGUCGAAAUCCUUGUACUCUCGGCUGAGUGCCUUGGCCAAGAAGGCUGCCAAGAUGUGGCAAAGCAAGAGACCCCAGCUCGCGGCACGAAAAGCAGCCCCGGCGGCAUCGACACCUGAGCUGGGUGUUCAUCGUGAAGCUUCCUCUCUGUGGAAUGCCAGCGGUGAGAUGGUUCACGGCCAGGCUGCAGGAGCUCAGCGAAUGCCUUGGAUGCGAGCACAUGGCCUUGCUGGUGUCCUUUUCUGUUUCUGUUCGAACACGAACCUGGUCACCAAGGAUCUCAUUGAUUCCUUCCGGGCGAGAUGCUUGGACAUGAAAGUUCUGGACCAGGACCAGAACCUCCAGGGAUACACUUUUCUCUGGAGAGUGGAGGAGGCAUGGCAAGUUAUGAAACGGCAAACAGCCUUUCAUAAUUGGUUCACGAAAGUGCAAGACCUCCAGGGUGCCCAAUUGGCCGAUGCAUGGCGAGUGGCAUUCUCUGUUCAUUUCAUUACUAGACAACACUAUCGUGGCCACAAAGUGGCCUGUGGGCUGCAAGUGCGGGGCUGCAAGCCUGAGUUGCAGAAGUCUGCGAUUGCAGCAAUGGAAGUGAUCACAGGAGCUGCCUUGCCGGCCGAUUACGUGUUGGAUCUUCUCCCCGGCAACGCUGAAUGCUCCCUGACAAUCAAAGACCGCCAAGUGGAUCUUUCGGGAUUGAAGAGUUUCCUCGACUACACCGGGCUCACCCAGAGGUGGGAACGCAACCAGCUGCUGACACCUGCACAGCGAAGCCUCCACACAGGAGUCCGAAUGUCUACGGUGGCAUGGUUCAUCUUUCGGGCACCUUUUCAGGAGACCUUUCAGGACGAGAUUCGGUUUAGCCGGCUGCACAAGCGACUGAUUCAUCGCCUGUCGCAGCUGGUGGAGACCCACCUGAGCAAAGUGCUUCAGGCUACGUUGCCCACACCGCAAAGUGGAGAUGUUCUGCACCCGGCUAAAAGGGAUGGGCGGCGAGCCCGUGGCGAGCCGAAAGUGCAGAACAUGCUGGCAAUCGACAGGUUCAUGACAAGAGGCGGAGGAUUCGUCAGCUCCACCGCAGACAGCAGCCUGGAGUCCUUGGAUUUGGGUGGAAUCCUCCCUCCCAACUACAAUCGGACAACGGCGGAUUUUGUCUACAGACAUAUUCGAAAAACUGGCGAGAUGCUAUCCCAGGAGAUGGCACAGCAGUCGCUGAAGAGCUUGGCCUUCUUGUGCGACGCAUCACCGAAGGGAUGUGUUGAUGUUUGGCUCCCUGUCGUCGCAGCGAAUCAGUUUGCAUCCGUGGCAACUUUACAGAAGCUGUCGGCUUUGCUGCCGAGCACUGCUGAUGCUUCGGAAAAGAUGAAAGCCGCUCAACAAGUGGCCGACUCCACUACAAAACUGUUGGUUGCAAGCCGGGACAAGAAGGAGCAUCGACCCAAAAUGCCCAGAAUCAUCAGCGGCCUGCACCAAGACAAGCUCACCGCCAGAGAGCACAUCCGAGCGGUUGGCAAUGUCCUGAAUCACUUGGGAGUGGCAUUGGAUGACAUUUUUCCAAAGAGCCCCCUAAAGCCUCUGGCCCCAACUUCUGAGAUCUUGGCGACUUAUGAAAUGGACGGCAAGACUAUGCCUUUCGUUGCAUCUCUUCAAGACGCGACUUCAAGAUGGGACGUCCCGGACACUGAGUCCGCACAUGUUCGAUUGAUCGUGUGCCCUGACGAGGGCAGCCCGAUGUUCAGCAGCUAUGUGUUUUUGGCCACCCGGAAUGCCGCCAUCAAUUUGUGCCGCGAUGAAUUGCACAAGCUGAGCCAGCAUUGCCAGCGAGUCCUGGCAUCGUCGCCUAUGAUGAAGCGAAUGAGUACGCUCACUUCGUGGCUUUUCAGAUGUCGCAAGAGCCCGUGGAAAACGCACGGCAUUGGCUGCAAUCUCUGUGCCGCUGGCAAGCGAUAUCUUGAUGUGGUCACUGGGAAGCACUUAGCUGCACCUGAUGAUGUUCUUCAGCAGCUCUUCGGCCACCAUAUCCUGAUUGAGAACAACAUCGCCCCCGAGUGCGACGAGCAGGUGAAUUUCGAUCGGACUGGCCACAACCCCUUUGCAGUGCUGGACAAAGCGAGCCAAGAGACUCCGGAGAAGUCUUGGGACAAAGCUUUGUGUGAUGAGCAAGUCCACACCCUCUGGAAGUUCGGCCGCGAGCUCAUGAAGCCCUUCCGCGACAUGUGCAUCGACCUCAAGAGCAAGAAGCUCAUGGCUUUGCAUGAUCAUGUGCUAAAGAUGAACUCCGACUUCCUGGAACGAUCUCUUAGCAACCUGGCUGCCGAAGUGCUGUGCUCCUCUCGGCUCCACCAGCCGCCAGACAUCAUCGGGAUUGCAGACGAGGUCCUGAGCAUUGGCUUUCGCCGAUCGUUUUUGGACGAGGAGGUUCUGAAAGAGCAGGUGUUGGGCUUCCUGAGCUGUUGCCACGAGCUCCUGGAGUAUGCACUUUACCUCCGAAGUUUCCCAUGUCGGGCAGCCGCCUUCUGCUCAACACAGGCCACCGCGGAAAGCCGGAGCGACCUCCUCAAGGCUGCUGAGAAUGAGUACAAGUUGAUCAGAGAGAUCGAGGCCACAGCCUCUGGCGCCAGUGUGCUCAAGCAGCAUGCCUUGCACACCACGUUCCAGGUGUACCGGGAAAUUAUGGCCACAAUGCAGAUGCACAAUUUCAAGGAUUGCCAGGCAAUUGCAGACAUGGUGCAAGCAUGGUUCCCUCGGUGGGGGCAAUCGGCCAACUUGGAGCAGAUCUUUCGAGAGAUGGAGCAAGCUACGAAACGUGUGGGCCAUGUGGAAAACUCGAUGCCGAACCUCACUUGUGUGGCUGUGAGGGCCAUGAGCAGGAGAGUUUGCUGUGGCGACGAGUGUCCGGCGACACCGACUUUGUCUGAGAAGGACUGGGAGGGCCAGGUGGUUCGCAACCUCAAGGACAAGAUGUGGCAUCCAACUUCAGCUCCCCCGUGCAAGAACGUGCGAAUCGAUGAUAUCUUGAAGCCCUUUACGACCAUGUCCGCCUACUCUCAAACACACCACAACUUCAACUGUGUUUUGGGAUGGAAGGAGGCGAAAAGGACCGGCACGAGCCCCAUCGAUUCGAUGAGCAGUAUGUGGGCUGUCCGCCUCAAAGAGAUUGUCUGGAGCUUUAAGGGCCCGCUGCCAGCUGAGACUGUGGACGAGAGGAGAAUGCCGGCGAGCACGCACAAGGCGACGGAGACCCGGGAGCUUUUUGAUGGGGAGGCAGACAGCACGCGGGCGCUGAGCAUGGACAGUGGGAGCAUGUUCACGCACCGCCUGUGUGGACUUCAUGUCGAAAUCUUCUGCUACACUUUGCACGUCUGCCCGACUUCGAUGGAAAGCAAGUGCGGUGGGAUCCUCUUUCGCAGAGGGCCGAAGCCGUAUUCGUUGCUCGUGCACCUCUUCGUGUCGGAGAACAUCAUGAGCAUCACAUCCGCCGCCCUCUCCGACAUCCUCACCGCCUACAGUAUCCGUAUGCCCAAGAACAGCAGCAAGCAUGCAAAGAUCACAAAGCUGAUGACACUGGACGAAGUCAAGCAGGCGAUCGGUGAUGCUGGUGUGGCACGAAUGGAAGCGAAGCUGCUCGAGAUCGACAAGAACCGGCAUUCAAAGAAGAAAGCAGCAGACGAGACCGCGGCCGAGAAAGCCAAUGAUGAAGAUCCGGCCGUGGCGGCCUGCUGCCAGCUGCUGGAGGAGCUGGGUGAUGAGUCCGAGGCAGAAGCGGAGGAAAAGAAGGAGGAGAAGAAAGAGGAAGCAAGCGAGGCACGGCAGUGUUCAGUUCGGUAG